AACUUAUCUCGUCAUUAAGAAAAUAAUUAUCAUUAAGGAAUCGGACGGAACCAAUUAAACCACAAGUGUGUAAUCGUUUUCUAGUAGUAUAAAAGACAUUUACCAGCACAUCGGCAUAUUAGUCACUUCACUGUCACUAGAAGUACUUUUAUUCAAGCCAUGGAGCUCAAAGUGAUCUUUCUUUUGACUUUCUUGACUAUUGCGCAAUGCCAAUUGAUACCGUUGUCAUGUGCUCAAAUUCGGGCCUUUGUCGAUGGUCACAAUUCGAGGAGGCUGCUGCUAGCCCAAGGCAGGGUACCGGGACAACCUGCGGCUAGUAAAAUGAAUAUAGUGCUUUGGGAUGAGGAACUACAUGUAAAGGCGGCUAAAUGGGCGCUAAGCAAUAAGAAUUUCCACAACCCGGAUAAACAUAUUCCAUCCGGCAGAUUUACCACUGGGGAAAAUUUGUAUUGGUACUAUACAACUGAUAGUAAAUACAAUCUGAAUCCGGACAUGGCAUUAGAGUCUUGGUUUGGUGAACAUGCUAACUUCACAUAUGGCCCACUUCAGGAAAGUGACUUCGAUAAUUCCAAAAACUAUCAGAUUGGCCAUUACACUCAGAUGGCAUGGUCUGACAGCAUCUACAUCGGCUGCGCUAUAUCGCAAACAAGAAAGAACAGAUGGAACAAUUUUUAUGUGGUCUGCAACUAUGGUCCAGGUGGUAACUACGUCAAUGAAACACCGUACGAGACUAGUGCUGACUCCAAUGGAAAAUUGUACUGCGGUACCAAAGACUGCAGCCAGCCUUAUGGACCUAAAUGUGAAAACGACCGAUACAAUAUAAUUUAAUAAAGAUUUUAUUCUUAAAUUAUUGUUUUGUCUUUUGGACAUAAGCGUUUCAUGAUGAUGAAAAUUAUAUUUGCUAAUGCCUAUCCAACUUCACUCUUCCUUUAAAAAUGACGCUAGGGUUAGUAGAUAUCUCGCCUUCUUCUUGUACGAUACAAAUCUUAAUUCAGUUUUUGUCAGUUCAGUCAUGUCACGUAAAGAUUUGUGUUGAGAUGAAACGUACCGAACCAUGCUUAAAACGUGCUAGAAAAUAGUGUU